AGUCUGUGCGCCGUUAUCGUAAAAAAAGCCUGCAAAAAGCGAGUAGAUCUCUGCAGUGAAUGUGAAAAAAAGAGUUGCAAGUGAAAAUUCCAACAAAAAGCAGCAAACACACACACACACAAGACACUGCCGCACAUUCAGGCCGAUGUAUGUGUGUCGCUCUUUGGACGCAAUUUUGGUAGCAGGACAGUGGAGCUAAGGGAAUCUGGGCCCCGAGUGAAUGGUAGAGUGCACUUUGCGACUCUCAGACUCGACUUCCCCGAAAAACGGAGCAUUUAAAAUAGCACAAGAGAGAUCCCAUCGCCGGCGACGUCAAUCGGAGGGUUCUGGAGCCGACGAUGAUGACUACGAGUAUGAAGAUGAGGGAGAGGAUGCUAUUGAGCCAAGCACGGAAGUUCCCGCGGUGACUACGCAUGCGCAUCGUCAUCAUCAUGGAGUGUCGGAGGGGGAUUCUGCCUCUGCGUCUGCCACGCCCUCGGUGGCCAGUGUGGAGGAGGAGAUCGAGGAGAGCGUCUCCAAGCUGGAGUCCGUGAUAAGCAAGACUAUUGAGAAUACGAAGAACAUCAAGGAGCUGGUCCCAGUGCUCGAGCCAUCGUCCGUCGAUGAGGGUGGUGCUGGUGCUGACGAUGAUGAUGAUGUAGAGGAUGUGGAACUCCAGCAAUUGGGCGCCGCUGCAGGGAAAUUCCAGGAAAAUGAUGUGGACACCACCACAGCGGCUGCCGCAACAGCCACAACUGGGAUGCCUGGCUCUGCCACGGACAUGGUAAAGUCCAGUUACAUGGAGGAGGAAGCAGGGAAUCAGGUGGAUGCCGUUGCCGUGGAUACUGUUACCACAUUCAGCACCGCUGAUAACACCACACCCCCACCCAUAUCGCCCCCCACCCCACCACAGCACAGCAGCAGCAAUAGCAAGCAGAAGCCAUUCUCACCCUAUGAUGCCACCUCCUCAGUGUCAGUGUCCUCCUCCUCUGUUGUGCCAUCAAUCGAAGCUGUUGAAACGUCUUCGUUGCCAUCCAUGUCCACCUCUACAUCGGCCACAGGGACCUGCUCACCCUCAUCCUCACCCUCAAACUCAUCCCCAUCCUCUCACAUUGUUGCCAUCACAGACAUUGUAUUAGACAACAACAACCAUAAAAACAACAACAAUACUCUAACAACUCCAUCAUCAUCUGCAUCAUCAUCAUCUGCAACAACAACAACUAAAACAAUCACACCAACAGCAACAAUGUCAACUACAACAACAGCAACAACAACACUGUCUGAAAUGUCGCCAAAGGUAAAUGAUGUCGCUUUUGUGUGAACGCGCCCGUGAUUGUGUGUGUUGUCUCUCUUGUCUACUGUCUCUUGUCGUUGUCACAUCUAAGCUGUUGUCCUCCCUCCCCCUCUUUAUGUGAGUGUGUGUGUCUCCU